AUGGGCUCCUACUACAUCUACCGCGAGCCCGACUACGGCCCCUCAACCUCCCGCCCUGCUGGAUACCAGACCCGCGAGAUUGUCCGAGGCUCCAGCCAUCCCUCCAUCCCCUCUCGCCGCCCCUCCCACCACUCCCCAACCCCCUCCCACCGCCCAAUCUCCCCCCUCGGCACCUCCCGCUUCGAGCGCUCGUACAUCGCCCCAUCCCUAACCACCUCCCGCAUCGCCGAGCGCAACGCCCCCGUGAGUAUCUCCUCGUUCUACUCCCGCAACCUCGACACGCCCAGCCGUCGCGCCCCGCCGAGGCCGAAUCUCGAUUGGUAUUAA